AUGUUGAAUGAUGUUCAGAAAGCUUUCAUCUUGGAGCAGUGGCUCGAAUAUGGCAUCGGCAUGGCGGUGUUCAUCCUCCGCUUCUACGCCAGAUGGAAGUUUGUCGGCUUCUCAGGUUUCUCGUGGGAUGACCUGUUUGCUGGGAUAUCUAUGAUAUUCUUCACCCUUGAUCCCGCACUCCUCCAAGCAGUCAUCGUGCAUGGAUCGUUCGUCGGCCUGAACGAAGAGACGGCCCAACAGCUCGCACCGCCGAUGAUUGCGUCUCUACAGACGGGGUCGAAGGCCCUCUUCGCAGCCUGGUUCACAUACAUCACUCUGAUAUGGACGCUGAAGGGCCAAGUACUCGGGUACUACAACAGGUUAACUGCAGGCACUCGGCAGAACAAGUGGGUGAAAGUCAUGGCUGUAAUCUGCUUUCUGUCAUGGCUAUCCCUGAUCCUUCUUGUCUUCUGCCGUUGUACCCCCAUCCAAUUGAACUGGCGAAUCGUCCCAUAUGCCGGAGACCAGUGCACACGCACCUCGUCAACCGUCGUCGCACUCAUGGUUCUCAACAUCGCAAACGACAUCGGCCUCGUCCUCAUCCCAGCCAACGUGCUGUGGUCGGCCAAGAUCGCGCUGCGGCGCAAGCUGCUGGUGGCGCUGCUGCUGUCGUCGUCCUUCUUCAUCGUGGCGUGCGCGCUGCUGCGCGGCAUCCUCGGGCUGCAGUCGAUCAGGAACAUCGUCGUCUCGAUCCAGUGGGGCACGCGCGAGACGUUCGUCACCGUCAUGGUCAUCUGCGUGCCGCCCAUCAAGCCGCUCCUCACCGGCGGCUCCUCGCCGUCGCCGUCCCAGGCCGCCGGCUCGUCGCAGGAGUAUUACGGCACGGGGACGGGGACGGGGACGGGGACGGGGACGGGGACGGGGACGGGGACGGGGAAUAGGUGGGGCGGUGGUGGUGCAGGUGGUGCAGGUGGUGGUGGUGGUAAGGCCAUUCCGUUGCGGGAGACAUCAAAGGCACUGGGCGUGGCGGCGGCGGCGGAGGAGAGGGACCUGGAGCGCUGUGGGAGCUCGUCGAUCAGGGACGAUAGUGACGUGCAGUCGCUGAGGAGUAGCAAGGACUUGAUCGAGGAUCGAGAGGUGGUUGUGUCGGCGCCGACAGCGGCACAGCUAGGACGAGAGCGUGGGGGCGGAGGGAUCAACGUGACGACCGAGUUUGCAGUGUCCAACUCGCAUUCCAACGACGGGCAAAGCGGGCAGCAAGGGCGCGGCUGGUCGGGCCAUGACAGCUGGGGGGUUUUGAGACGGUAA